AUGGCCCCCAGGAACAGAAGAGGAAGAGCCAAGGUUGCUACGCCUACUUCUGCCGCCGACACUCCAAUAACGACCGCCCAGUCAUCUCCGGCGCGCUCUCGGGGACGCUCCUCGUCUCUUUCACCUAUCAAGUCCGGUCACUCUGAUUCAGAAUCCGAACCAGAGGACAAGGAGAAUGGGAAAAAUGCGGAUGACGACAAUGAUGCGGAGGAGUCGAAGACGGCUGAGCAAGAUGGAACAGAGCUCACCGAGCGGACCGCAGAAGACGAGGCUGAGGAAGAUCACUCGUGUCCUAAAGGCAUUAGAUUCAGAUACCCACCGUCAGCUCCUGACUUCUCAACACUAUCAGAUCGCGAAAAGGCUUUCAAAGUUGGCCGAUUUCUACCCUGUACUGUCGCAGAAUGCGCUUGUACCGGUCUAGAACCUCCUGUUGACAGGGUCGUCAAACUGGGCAAGCGCGACGAGGACGAGGACGAGGACGAGGAUGACAUCGAGGAUGAAGAUGAAGACGUCUCGAUGGAGGAUGCUGAGAGUGUCGAAAACAUAGAGCGGAGAAAGAAGGAAUGGAGAACAGAAGAAGGGUGGUGGAGGAUAUGUGGUCGAUGUGGACAUGGCUGGGAAGGCCAGGGGCAUAUCUGGGCCAGUGACAUACCUCCCAAAGAGAAAACAAGACGUGGGAAAGUUGUAGGCAGGAUGGAAGAGAUACUCCAGGAUGAGGACAAUCUUCUCACUUUCCCGACACCUAGUACAGAAUCGAUAUCUUCACUGCUCAAACAACUUGACCAUUUUGUCCGUCCGGCUGGCAAAACCACUGCUCCCUCACUGCCUGUACCAAUCGACAUGUCCACACCUGGUAGUGAAACCCCAAAUGAAGUUACGGACGACGAACCGCCUCGGAAACGGAGAAGACAGGGGAGCGGCUCGGAUGCUCCAAGUGAUGAGGAUCAUGAGAGUCCGGUGAAAGAUGACCAUCCUAAAUAUGGCAAAAAGAAGUCGGGCAAGAGCGCUGUCAAAGGAACCAAACCUCGGACUGUUGUUCGUGGGGCACAGGGAUACAUUCCAAUGGCCACCGAUCCCGACGGCAACCAACACGUCGCUGGCCACCUUCCCAUCAGCGCCGGGGGACAGGAGCAAGCGAUGGAAGACGAAGAAGAAGACGACGAGGAGGAGGAGGAUAUACCGUUGGCUAGAAGGCCAGAGCUGGAUGAAAGCGAGCGAAAGAGAAGAACAGAGAUCAAGGUGAAGGAAAAAGAACGAGAGGAGGAGUUGGUCAGUAGACUGGCAACCGGCAAAGCAGAUAAUGCCGAAGAGGCAGUUGAGAUAUGGGAAGGGAUCGAACUUCAAAAAUUGCCACUUAGACCUGCCGCUAUAGAGCAAGCCAACCAAGAAAUCAUGCUUCCUGUUGUUUCCUCCCGUAAUCCCACUCCCGUGGCCACCAUUCUCCUCGUUGGGCUCAAGAAUGUUUUCCAACGCCAGCUUCCCAAGAUGCCGCGCGAAUACAUCACCCGACUAGUGCUGGACAAGAAUCAUAUUAGCAUGGCGAUCGUCAAGCGCGGCUGGAGGGUAGUUGGCGGUAUUUGCUACAGGCCUUUCGAAGCCAGAGGCUUCGCAGAGAUUGUGUUCUGUGCAGUCGACAGUUCAGAACAGAUCAAGGGUUACGGCUCCCAUCUAAUGAACUCUUUGAAAGACCAUGUCCGAAAAGCCCACCCGACCAUCAAUGUGUUCCUCACGUACGCCGACAAUUAUGCCGUCGGAUAUUUCAAAAAGCAAGGUUUCACGAAGGAGAUUUCUUAUCCUAGGGAACGUUGGGUGGGGUAUAUCAAGGACUAUGAGGGAGGUACAAUCAUGCAAGGGCGGAUGCUGCCUAAAGUGAAAUACCUAGAGGUCCAUCAAAUGUUGGCGGAUCAAAAGGCGGCGAUCAUCGGCAAAAUUAAAACCCUCACGAAAUCGCAUAUAGUUCAUCCUGGUCUUGAUGUCUUCAAAGACAGAAAACCGGAAGGAGACGACAGGAAGCUCGCGAAAGAGGAAGUCCCUGGUCUCGCGGAAAGCGGGUGGAAUCCUGAUCUGGAUGACAUCAUCCGGCAACCAAAACGGAACCCCCACCACGUUCUUCUCCAGCUCGUCCUGAACGACCUGCAGAACGAGGGUUCUGCGUGGCCAUUUGUCAAGCCUGUUGACGCCAACGUCGUGGCUGACUACUAUGAUGUGAUUGCCGAGCCGAUGGACUUGUCAACGAUGGAGUACAAACUUGAGAACAAUCACUACGAGUCGAUCGAAGACUUUGUGUCCGAUGUGAAACUCAUGUGCGCCAAUUGCCGACAAUACAAUGGCGAGAAGAGCACGUACACCAAACAGGCGAAUGCGAUGGAGAAGGCUUUGGACAAGAUACUGAAGAAAAGGCAAUCGGUGUUGACGGACUGA